GAGAGGGCCGCGCUGCUCUGGGAUCCUCUCCGACUCCACAGCGCCGCUGGAGGAGGCCGGGGAUGCGAGCCACUGGUCUGGCCUCCCGACACCAUGCUCGCUCUCCUGGGCUCGGCGGCCCUGGUGCUGGUGGCCGGGGCGCCUUGGGUGCUGCCUGCAGCCGCAGGUGGGGAAGAUCUGGAACCUCCUGGGGAUAUAGACGUCUAUAUUAUAGAUGACAGCUUUACCCUAAAGUGGAGCAGCAAUGAAGAGUCAGUGAACAAUGUGACUUUCUCAGCAGAAUAUCAAACAGAAGAGAUGGAGAACUGGUUAAAGAUGCCCGAGUGUCAACACAUUACGGGGACCGAAUGCAAAUUCCCUUUACCAGAUGCAGAUAUUUUCAACUACAUGAAGUUUCGUGUGAGCGCUGAGAAAGGAAAGUGCACUUCUUCGUGGACUGAGGUCGAGCCAUUCAUUCCAUUUCAGAGAGCUCACAUUGGCCCCCCGGGAGUACGUUUGGAAGCUGAAGACAAAGCUAUAUUAGUCCACAUCUCUCAACCCGGAGAAGGUGGAAAGAUGUGGGCAGCCGAAAAUUUCAACUUCAGAUACCAGAUAGUGUUCUGGCAGAAGUCUUCAGGUGUGACUCAAAAUGUUACAACUACGUAUUGCAUAGAAAAGAUUUUAAAACUGUCACCAGAGACUACUUACUGUUUAAAAGUUGAAGCGACACAUCUGUUCCUCCGGAAGCAGAGCAAUUUCAGUGAGGUGCAGUGUAUAAACACCACAAAGGCAAAUAGAUUGCCUGUGCCAGAAAACCUAGAAGUGGAUGCCCAGGGUAAGAGCUAUGUUCUCAGCUGGGACUACGCAUCUCCAAACGUGAGCUUCAGAGCACAGUGGCUCCCGCACUUUAAAAAAAGUGUUCCCGGAGGAGGUUCAGAUAAAUGGAGACCAGUGCCUGCCUGUGCAAAUGUCCAGACUCCACGCUGUGUCUUUCCUCAAAACACCACCCACACGAGAACGUUCUUCCUCCGGGUACAAGCCUCACAUGGAAACAACACAUCUUUCUGGUCUGAAGAGAAACUUAUUGAUUCCCAAAAAUACGCUGCCAUUCGCCCUCCGACCGUUGCCAUCACUCCCACUGGGGAGUCUCUGCUUGUCAAUGUGAGCUGUCGGGACAGUUCCAGCAAGUGUCAGGGACUAACUUACGAAAUAAGUUUUUGGGAAAUCUCUUCAAACACUAAGAGAAAAGUGGUGCAGAAUGGCCCAGAGUUCACCAUCAUGAACCUGCAGCCGCUGACUGUGUACUGCGUGGAAGCGAGAGUGUACUCCUUUGCCUCGCGGCACAAGAGCAGCAACUUCAGUGACAGGGUGUGUGAGAAAACAAGGGCAGGAAAUUCUCCUAUAAUCUGGGCCAUGACUGGACUUGGCAUUCUGUUUUUGUGUGCCCUGGUCUUUUAUGCUGGAAAGAGCAUCCUGAAAGACCUCAGCCAUGUCUUUUCAUCACCCAAGCCUCCCCCAAGUAUCCAUGAGCUUUUCUCUGAGCCGCCUUCGAAAAACCUUCUGCUUUUGACUCCCGAGGAGCACACCGAGAGGUGCUUCGUCAUCGAGAGCGCAAACCUGGUUACUGUAGCAGAAGAAAACCAUGCGCCUGAGGAAGAUCACAGAAAGUACAGUUUCCAGACCAGCCAGGACUCGGGGAACUACUCUAACGAAGAGGAAGGUACCGGGAGUGAGAGCAGCCAAGGGCUCAGGCCAUAGGACUGAGUCUGUCCGCAGUGGGCUCUUUCAGAGUUCCAUGUGGGAAGGCCAAGGAACACGCCUUUGUCCUCUUGGGACUUGAGAGAGAAGGCGGCUGCUCCUUGGGAAAGGAGGAGCAUCUGCAGAGCCCAGGCCUACAGAUGUGGCAGCUCUCCACUGCUGAUGUGGAGGGGCAGGGUCUGGAGUGAUGGACCUUCGUCUGUGAGGAGACAGGCCUAACUGAAGGUGGCCGCCCAUUUCUGCUGCCAGCUGACGUCCUGGGGUGCUGUCUUGUGCCACAGCGGUGGCCCAUUGCUGCGUAUGCCAUCUGGUGUUCUCCCACUGUUCAUUUUCUAGAAGAAAUCCAGAACAUUCGACUUUUUACUACUGCCGUAGCCCCUAAGGUGUCUCAAAGGUGCUAUUGUCUGCACUGGCACUUCCUAACCCCUAACUUGCCACAGCAGUGGCGUCUGACUAGAACUCAGAAGGGGCUGAAGCAGUGGAGAGGGGAACUCUCCAAGCCGAGGAGUUGGCGUUACAUAGUGGAUAGGCAGUCUAGCGCUUGUAGGAGCAGAAGAUGCCGGCAGCAGACGGAAGUGGAAUCAUUCCGGAAGGGGGAAGCUGGAGCACCAUUGACAGCCCGUGCCGGCUUCUGUAUGUAGCUUUUCUUUGUUCCUCUGUAAACCAGGCUGACCUCUCCUGUCCAGCAGUAUUCAGGGACCCCGUCUCAGCAUCCAUGUAGCUAAAGAAACAGUGUCAACUACUAAGGUGAAGGAAGAGUUGAUUGUGUACCGCCGUCUGCAGGUGCCUGUAACUAACUUUACGUUGCUGCUCAUGAGUGCCUGGUGUAGGCAGGUCAUCUAACGCUCCUUGUUGUGUUCCUUUCCCAGCGCCUACGAAUGUAUGAGUAUUUACAGGUGUAGACACAUGUGUGUACAUGUGUGUAUAAAGUACAGAGCCCAGCAGGCUAUGAUACUUCAGACAACUUUGUAUUUCUCCUGGGCCCUGGGGGCAGGUGUUACCGAAGCCCCCCACCUCCAGUGUAGCCUCGUGUACCUGGCCUGAUUGGUUCCUUCAGUGUCUGUCUCCCCUCUAGUGCAGAAGCUUCGCGCAGGGACCAAGUUCCCCGCUGUGCCCCAACCCCAUCAUAGUGCAGUACUCGGCACAGACGUCUUGUCCUUUUGUCUGUCUGUCUGAGGGUCUGCCGCUGCCAUGGUUUCACAGAACAAACACUGGAGCCAGUACUCUGGGUUUGGGCUUCUGUGUGCCAGGGGUGCUGAGACGAAGCCCUCCAAAGACAGUCCCAGCAGCAGGACACUGCGGACGGUGUCCUGUGGGCAGCAGCCCUGCAGACGGUGCCCUCCAAAGACAUUCCCAGCAGCAGGACACUGCGGACGGUGUCCUGUGGGCAGCAGCCCUGCACAUGACGUCACGAGGUGAGCUGUGUAGGACUGUUGCCCUCUGGCUUCCUGGAUCCGGACUGCUCACCCUUGCCAGUGUCUGUGUCACCUGUCCCUCCAUCUCACAUGUCCUGAGAUCCCUUCUGCUUGGAGGGUGAACACAACUCAUGUUUGUCAGUUUCCUUCCUCGCAGUGGAGGAAAUAAUAAAUUUAUCAUCUUUAUUCCUAAGUGUCCUUCCUGUUACUUAGUGAUAGUGACAGACCCUUCAUUACAUCCAAAACUCACCCUGGGCAGUAGUGGCGCACAAGCACUCAAGAGGCAGGCGGAUCUCUUGAUUCCAGGCCAGCCUGGUCUACAGAGUGAGUCCCAGGACAGCCAGGACUACAGAGAUAUCCCAGCCCUCCCCUCUCCUCUGUGUCUGUGCUGCAGGUGAGCACACACUUGUGCAUGAGUGUGAACGUGCAGGUGUCACAAGUGUGGAGGUCUGAGUGCGACUUGAGAUAGUCUCCCUGUGGAGAGGAAGCUCAGGGUUCCGCCUGGGGUGGUUGAGCAGUGAGCUCUGGAGAUCCGCCUGUCUGCCCCAGUGCUAGGGUUGAGCGUAAACAGCAAAGCCUGGCUUUUCUGUUAGGUGUUCGCGGUGCGCACCCAGUGCUCAUGCCGACCAAGCCCUCGCCCAGUGAGCCGGCUCCCAGACCACUUUCCGCUUUUCUUACAGCUUUUCCUGGGCUUAGGAUGAUCACACAAUUACCAGUCCUGAGGGCAGCAUAAAUACAUGUGUGUGGGGGUGAUGGACUGGUUGUAUUAACAGGAGAACAGUAUCUUCUCCAACUGGGAGAGCCCUGCAAGUCCUCGCCCCCGCCCCGCCCCCUCAGCCUGCGUCUGCGGAGGAAAUUCUGCAAGGAGCUAAUGAUGAAAAUGAAGAGGGACUUUGGCAGGGUUGAUAUCCUGGCUUUGAUGGGGAGCGGCAAAUUGGGAAGAGGAGGGGAGCUGAAAACACUGCCCCGUGGCUGCUAGCAGUUAGACAUUACUUACUGUGAACACACACACACACACACACACACACCUGGCUCCAUCCUGGAAGAAGAGGGGAGAGAGCAAUUGUGUGCUCCUGACAGAAAGUGAAGACGUUGUUGUUGUUGUUACUGUACGCCCUUCCCAGUCUCAUCGUGCUUGUUAGUAUUCGAGGAUCUGACUUACACAGAGACAGCUCUGGUUUUGGUAUGCAGGUCCAGCAUCCUCUGCGAUCUUCCCAAGAACUGCUCCACGUUCGCAUGUCGAAGUCAGCUGCAGUUUUGUGUAGUGUGCUUCCUGGAAAGAGCGUCCAUAGCGUUGCACAGGACGUAUUCUUCCAAGGUGGGCCGGGAAAUAAAGAUCCUUUUCUUCUCCCCGUCUUUUCACGGCUACUGUGGGAGACUUCAAAGCUGACUUUUGGCGGCGAGUGUAAAUGCGUGGUCAUGGAAAGUCCAUGCAUUGACAGCAUUCGCCACUAGAGGGAGACAAGUCAUCUGUUUGGGCCCAACUGGCUGCUAUAUAAGAAAAGGGUUGUUUAUCCUCUGGUGUCUGUUGGUUUUUUUUCUUGUUUCUUGUUUGUUUGUUUGUGGACAGGGUUUUUCUGUAGGCCUAUUUAUUUGAUUAUUUUUUGUUUGUUUGUUUUGAGGCAGGGUUUCUCUGUAGGCCUGGUUGUCUUGGACCUCACUCUGUAGACCAGGCUGUCCUCAAACUCAGAGAUCCACCUGCCUCUGCCUCCUGAGUGCUGGGAUAAAGGAGUGAGCCACUACUGUCGUGUAUUUGUUUCUUUGGUGGAGAUGAGGUCUCAUUGUGCAGUCCUGGCUGGCCCAGAAUUGACUGUAUGGACCAUGCUAGUCUGGCACUCAGAGAUCCUCCUAACCCUGAGUGCUAGGAUUAAAGGCAUGCCACACUAAGCCUUGCUUAGGAAAAAGAUUCUUAAAUGACCAUCAUGAUUGAAGGCAGUAGGUACCAUGCAAAGUUGCCAGAUGUAGUAAAUAAAAAUAGAACACCUACCCAAUUGAAUUUCAUUUAAAUUUCAUGUAAGUUUAGCCUAGAUAUGGGUGGGCUAGCCUUACCCUGAGCUCUGAAUACACAGCAUUUGGCCUGGAUAUGGGUGG